AGUAAUUCCUGGUGUGCAUGUCGUUCCGAACAUCCCUUAUAGAAUCAUACAAAUUACAGAAUGUGGAGGAAGGAAUAAAGAAGUGAAAACACAAAGAAAACAUAGUAGAGGCUGGUGUCUUCAUAUAUCCUACAUGCAAGCGCGAGGAAGGAGAGGAAAGAAAGUGGACGGUGACACUUCCACACCCCACCACCAAGCCCAGUCUUUUUUAACCCUUGCACGUUCAUAUUAUCUAUUUCUUUACUGUUCGGCCAUUUUUUUUACCAUUUCUCUUCAAAUAAUAAAACUAUUAGGGCUUCCAUGGCCCCCUCCUCCUUGUCGAUAUCCUUUUUCUAUCUCAACUUUCCAUGCAUGAAGCAUCCACUGACCUCUCCCACUGCUCUACAGGAACUCAUUUAGAAGCUUAAAGGCUAAGGAAGUCUCUCUCUCAUAUCCUAUCAUCUCAUCUCACCCUACCUUAGAAAAUAAAAAAUAUAAAAGCCACCAAAGUAAAUAAAUCCCAUCCUUUUCCUUUCUCUCUCUCUCUCUCUCUCUCUCUCUCUCUCUCAUUGCUUUCUUCUCUAUGUGGAGGAUGUGAUUCUCCACCAUCUCAUAAACCCCAUAGGCCUUUUGCAAAGAAAGAAGCAAAGCAGGGAAAAAAAAAAAAAAAACCCUCCAUCCAACCAUGGUUUUUCCAACCGUUCCUGUCUACCUAGAUCCACGUAAUUGGAACCAGCAGCAAGCGCAUCAUCAGCCUCAAAGCAGCAGCGGUGGCGUCAGCGGCGAGCCUCUCCAGCCCCCCACCGGAGUGGUGGCAGCACGCCCCGAGGGCCCGGCGGCCGGCUUGGUCAGGCCUGGAUCGAUGGUGGACCGUGCCCGUCUUGCCAAGAUCGCCCAGCCGGAGCCGGCUCUCAAGUGCCCGCGGUGCGACUCCACCAACACCAAGUUCUGCUACUUCAACAACUACUCCUUGUCACAGCCUCGCCACUUCUGCAAGACGUGCCGCCGCUACUGGACACGCGGCGGAGCGCUCCGCAACGUCCCGGUUGGUGGUGGCUGCCGCCGCAACAAGAGGACCAAGCCCGCCGGCAGCAGCACCUCCAAGUCUUCAACCACCACCACCACCACAGACCGCCAGGCUGGGGCCUCAUCUUCGACCUCCUCCACCGCCACAACGGUGGUGGGUAUCUCCGGUGCAAUCCCGUCCAACCUCCCCAUGCCGCCCCAGAUGCCGUUCAUGGCUGCCACGUUGCACCCGCUGGCGGAGUACAACACGCCCAGCAUCGGCCUGAGCUUCGCCGGGAUCCAACCAGUUGAUGCGAUGGACUAUCAGGUCGGGGCCAGCAGCAGCUCGGCCGGCGGCGGUGUCGGCUUGGAGCAGUGGAGGCUUCCGCAGAUCCAGCAGUUCCCGUUCUUUGGAGGGUUGGAACCCCCACCACCGCCACCUGCACCGGUUUCUGGGCUCUACCCUUUUGAUGGAGAAGGUAGCGGGGUCGAUGGGGGAGCGUUCGCCAAGGCAACUGGCUCCGGGCUCAUCACGCAGCUGGCUUCGGUGAAAAUGGAAGACAACCAACACGGGCUCGGUUUGCCCAGGCAGUACCCGGGCGUUCCUCGAAAUGAUCAAUAUUGGGGCAGCAGCAGCGGUGGAGGCAGCAGCACUGGUAGCGGAUGGGCACCGGACCUCUCGGGCUUCAACUCUUCAUCAGCUGGCAAUCUCUUGUAGUUCCAUGCUCUUCCUGGUGACCUUAUAUAUACUUGGAAGCUUCCAUUUUUUUGCUAUGGCUUCGAAGAAGGAACUGCUUGACUGGAGAAAGAACGAAGCAGCAGCUACUCACGAUUACUACAGGCUUUGUUGAACUUGCAACGAGUCUAAAAAUGGGGGGUGACAUCUGUUCAGCAAGCUGUGAAGAACUUUAGAAACGGUAGGUAGGUUCUGGUCUUUGAUUUAUUUCGGAUUGGUGUUUUCCCUUGUCUUUUUCCCUUUUUUUUGUAUCUUAUAGUAUGGUUACAAAAUUGUGUUGCAAGUGUUCAUGGAACUUGCUAUCUCUGACAUGCAAAGUUAGUUGUUACAAAUGAGCAGGAGCACUCUUCUUCGGUUGUUUGGGAAUAGCUAGUUUCUUGUCAACAUUAGCACUCAGUUUUGCCAUCAUGUGAUGAUCUCUGUUAAUCGUAGCAACCCAAUAACAUUACAAGCGUAUUGAUGCAAA